AUGAAUGCCCGCAUCUCCUUUGCUUCCUCUGCAAGUCCUCCACCCAUCGAGGUUUCGGGCCCUGAAAUGCUAUCAAACUUCACUCGUCUUCGUCUUCAUUAUACAGCUGUAAAAGAAACUGAUUUAGGGUUUGUGAAGCAUUCCUGUGAUCGAGCUGAAAGAAACAAAGAAGUCAUAGCAAUGGCACAAUCGGUACCUAAUGGACUGUUUGCGAUGGUGGAACUCAACUACCAAGGGUUUGUGACCUUCUGCGAACGUUUCAUGCAUGAAGAGUGUAAAAAGUUUUACUACUGUGAACCAGACAUGUCCCUGAUGGAAGGGCUUAAUCCCAUUUCAGAUGAUGUGGAAUAUUCUGCUUUUAUUUUUGAUUCUUAUGGAACAGAUGCUGUAAUUUCGGUUUAUGUGGAUCAUAUUGGGGUUGGUGUUGAUGGGUGGCAUGAUGAUGAAGAUAAUGAUGAUGAUGAACAUGAGUCUUGUAUUGAUGAUGAAAAUGAAGACAACAUAGAUGAACUUAGAAAUGUUGCCUUUGAAUUUAAUGAGGAUGUAGUGCAUAUGAAUAGGACAUCAAAUGAUCCUUUCUUGAGUAAGUUAUGUGUUGAUGAUGAGGAUGCAAACAACAUUGUAGAUGAUGACAAUGGGAGAGAAGUUGAAGUUAACAUACAAACUCAUUCCAUAUUUAAUGAGCUAUUACACUGGAAAAAACAAAAACCAAUUCUAGGGAUGUGA